CCCACCCAAAAGUAGAACAGUGCUAAGGUCUGCGAGUGCAAAGCGUACUGCACCGCUCCCAACACCGUCAGCUCCAGCACCACCACUGCCACCAGCACCCCUUGGAACCCCCGCGGUAACGGCAGGUUGCUGAAGGGGACGAGACGAUGACGUCGUCGUCUCCGCCGCCGCGCUCAAGCAGCAGCGCGGCCGGAGGGCUGGCGACCAACGGCAGCUCGGACGAUGCGACACGGCUGCUGCUGCCGACCAUGCUCACGGGCAGCAACAGCUCAAAGCGGCCCAAGGACCCAAUCGCACACGCUCGCCAGCUCGAAAGCAGGCGAGACGCAGCUGUCAGCAUCGCCUUCUUCGUCGCAUGUGCCCUGAUCCUCGUCCUGUGCAAGCAGCAUCUGUCGGCCGCGGGCGCGGUGGCAAUUGCCUUCCUGGGUCUUCCCGUCACCUUCUUCUGGGCUGCCUUUACCGUGCUGCUUGUCAUGGCGGUCCUCAACAUCAUCAUGGCCAUCCUUGUCGUCGUUCCACUCCAGUACUUUCCUGACAUUAGCGCCGGCACCUCUGCAAAGAGCCGGAAGCUACGGCUUGUAGCGACAGCAAUGGUCAUGACCAUCUUCCUCAGCGCAUACUACGGCAUUCACGCGCUGUCCACCUUCGUCGCCGUGCUCAUUUGGAUCAUUGCCUUUGUUCUCUUCCUCAUCGCUGCGUUUGUCGGCGAGCUCGCACGCAACUUCAUCGGGCGCAAAGUGCUGGAGAUGCUGAUUCUGCCGGCCACGACGCUGAUGUCCCAGCAGAUUGUCACGAGUGGCGGGCGCCGCGUGCAAAUGCAGGAAGCCUUUCGCCGCUGUCGCCUCCGCUACUUCCACACUCCGCAAGAUGUCGAGGCAACAGCACCAGCAACAUCGGCGUCAUCGUCGUCGUUAUCAUCAGCAUCAGCAGCAGCAUCAGCAGCCGGCAACAGUAGCGCCCAUCGUGCACCCGUUGACACGUGGACGAACGUGACGGUGGUGGUGAGGCGUGGCGUGCGGAUUGACGCUGCCGUGUAUUGCUCGCCAGCACAGAGCGACGCGCCGCCCAGCGAGCAGCGCUGGCUGAUGUGGCUCCUGGGCAACGGUGAGGCAUUUGAGCUUGUGCUGCAUGAGCUGCGGGCCAUUGGUUUGGAGUCGGGCCUGAACGUGUUUGUGUUCAACUACCGCGGUGUGGGCAGCAGCGAGGGCGAGGUGACGUGCACGGCUGACCUUGUUGAGGAUGCCGUGUCGUGCCUGAAGUACAUGGAUGAGCGGUUGGGGGCGGUGCCCGAGCACGUGGUUGUCUUUGGGCAUUCCAUCGGCGGCGCCAUAGGGACGGUUGCUCGCGCGUGCCACUCGCCACAUGGCCCCGUUGUUGUGGAGCGCUCGUUUUCGUCGCUGCCGGCAGCGGGGAGUGCACUGCUGAACAUGAUCCUGCGAGAUGUUGUUGGCUCGUCCAUCGCCCUCCCGUCCUUCAUCGUCGCAGGCCUCCUCGCAUCCAUCUUCAAGGGCCGCCUGGAUGUGGUCGAAGCGCUGCGGGGCAUCAGCGGCAGCAAGCUUGUUGUGUUCCACACCGACGACAAGAUUAUCCCUUACCAUAAGUCGUCCGCGCACCUGGGGGUGAAGAAGGCCGGGCUGUUGUCGCAUGUGGAUGAGGUGCAGCUGAGCGACAUGCAAGCAGCCGACCACCACAACCUGCCCCUCCACAGCUUCCCCGAGUAUCUGCAGGUGCUGCGGUGGUGUCGAUCUGCACUUGGGCUCAACCCGGACCUGCCUAACCUGCCAGCACACGUCCGCAACACGCUCCGCUCACAGCACACAGGCCUCGCGUGAUGACAUGUCCAUCCCUUUUGCUUGCUUGCAAGUACAACUGUGCACACGUGUUGGUUCACAUGCGAGCUGGCUUAUCCGUAUAUUGAUGCUUGAGUUGAUUUACAUGUGACACUGAGCUGGAGGUGUAGCUGCUGCUGCUGCUGCUGUUACCAACCCAGACCGUCUUGCCAUCACCACCACCACCACCACCCAUGCCCCUUCCCCUUUGGCCACACUAGGAGUAAACAAGCACCAG